AUGGAGCUUCUGUCAACCUGGCUGAGACUUCCCGUCCAGCCAGACCCCCUGUUUGAAGGGGAUAUCCUGACUCUGUGAUGCUGGGGAAGGAGGAACGCAGCACUGUCCCAGGUGAAAUUCUACAGGGAUGGAAAAUUCCUCCAUCUCUCUAAGGACAACCAGCCUCUGUCCACGGGAACAGCAGCAGUGAACAGCAGUGGCCGGUACAGCUGCACUGGACAGGUGACAUACAUGCAGUAUGUGGGCAGACGAACCUCAAGGACUGUCAUGGUUCAAGUCCAAGAGCUGUUCCUGCCUCCUGUGCUGAGAGCCCACCCCUCUCGUGAGCUCCGUGGGGGGAUCCCGGAGCCCCUCCUCCGUGAGGGGAGCCAGAGGUCAGCCUGGCAGCUCCUCUUCUCCUUCCACAAGGAGGGCCACACCCUGCAAGACAGGGGCCUCCAUCCAGAACUCUGCAUCCCAGCAGCUGAGGAGGGAGACUCCGGGCUUGACUGGUGCGAGGCGGCCCUUGAGAGUGGCUGGGUCCAGAAACAGAGUCCCCAGCUGGAGGUCAGGGUGUGGGGUAAGGGGAGGACGGGGAGACACUCCCCAGGGGCCUGGACAGUGGGCUGUGGGGCCCCCUGGGAAUCUCCUCCCCUCCGAUCCUCAUUCUACCUCAAUGGGGACACCCUGUGGAACCACGUGGCUCCCCAUGGUGGAUCCGUCUCCAUCCUCUUCCCGGUGAUGUCAGAGCAGGAUGCUGGGAACUACGCCUGCGAGGCUGAGAACAGUGUCUCCAAAGAGACAAGCAAGCCUGAGACACUCUCCGUGGAUGGUCCUCGGGUCUUAUCUGCCCCCACUAGCAUCAACUGACUGGUUCCUUGGCUGCCUGCAAGCCUGCUUGGCCUGAUGGUCAUUGCUGCUGCACUUCUAGGGUAUUUCAGACCCUGGAGAAAAACCAGCACAGCCCAGCCAUCGGAAAGCCAGAGCCUGACAGGACCAACCGCUUACUUCUGGGGCCCCUUCCACCCUGGAAUCUGCCCCCAGCCCCAGGUGGAGAGGAACACCCACUUUCAUUGCCAGAAUGAGAACGAUGAAGGGGUUAUCUACUCUGUGGACAUUUCUGUCAUCUAUGCUGAGGUGAGACUCCUUCAGCUCAGUGAGGUUCCAGCCAAGGGGCGAAUAGAAGAAGCAGGGCCCAGCAAGAUCCCACUGGUGGCUGCAAGGAGGUCCCCUGAUGGUGAUGGCAUCUCCUCCCCCCAGGACACACAGCCAUCCACAGCCCCCAGCACUCCCCAGGAGACCAGGGGACCCCAGCCUCUUCUGUGGUCCUCCAGUUCCCCAGCCCAGCAGCCAGAACCCCCGUUUGUGGAGCACAUCAGAAAACUCUGUUACCCCUUACAUGUUUAAAAAGAUACAUCAGGCUUCCCUGGCGGCACAGUGAUUGAGAGUCUGCCUGCCGAUGCAGGGGACGCGGGUUCAUGCCCCAGUCCAGGAGGG